UUGAAACACGCUGUUCAGUGCCGGUCACGUAUUCUUCGCCAUGGCGAAUUCUUUUUUUAUUAACAAAUUAGGGUCAAUGCGAACGAUUACCAGUUUCAAAUACAUGAAAAUCAACGCUAUGUCUUCUUGUUUGCGUCAUUCUCGAAAUUAUACCAAUUUAAUGGGUAGGAAUUUACCCAAAAAGUUUGAAAUACUGCCCUCUGUGAACAAAUCGUAUUUUUCGAGUCUUGCUCGUGACACGCGACCGCUUGCAACUAUUAGCCAACCAUAUAGCUUUGGAUUCAAUUUACUAUCAAAUAAUCAAACAAAAAAACGUGUAUCUGAAAGAACAUAUUGCUCACGCCCCAGCGAUGAUGAUAUACAUCAACAACAAGAAGAAAUGGAAUUUGACAACUUACCUGUGCCUCUGACAGUUCCUGCACAUUGGCCCAAUGUUCCUGUGAUUGCUAUUAGCAGGAAUCCUGUAUUUCCAAGAUUUAUCAAAAUCAUUGAGAUCACUGAUGCUGAUCUCAUAGCCAUCAUCAGAAGGAAAGUGAAACUAAACCAACCUUAUGCAGGUGUCUUCAUGAAAAGAGAUGAAAACAAUGAUGAUGGAGUGGUUCAAAAUCUCUCUGAUUUGUAUCCUGUUGGAACCUUUGUCCAAAUUCAUGAGUUACAAGAUAUGGGCAACAAACUGCGCAUCAUUGUUAUGGCUCAUCGGAGAAUUUCAAUUGUUGAAAAAUUGUCAGAGGAAGACAUGAUGAAUGAUAAUGCAAACACCCUGAGGGUGAAACUGAACAUUCCUGGCUUCAAUGCAUCGUUCCAUGUCGAAUUGGAAGAUGCCACAAAUUCUCAUGCUCCUAUAUCUUCAUCUUACUCUGACUCCACUUCUCCUGCUGAUGAUCAAGUGCCAAGCUUAUCAUCCACUUCCACUACAGGCGCUGCAGUUCAUUCCACUAGAAGAAGUCGGAAGAAACGAAAGCCAAGAAAUGGAGAAAACGAACCUGAGUUGGUACCCAAUACUGCUGGCAACCCCAUGCAAGGAGAAACGUCAUCUGCUGCAGCUGAUAUUCAGGUUUGA